AUGGCGACAACAACAGAUUUUCAAAUUGAGUCGAUGACAAGCUGUGCACAUCAUCUUGUCAAUUGUGACGGGUAUUCAUAUAGUGCUCCGAUGAACGUGGUGAUCUAUGACAAACCAAAGAAGACUGAAAAACGGAAGCGCGCGAGUGAGGACGCGUUCAAGAAGAUGCGGAACUAUCAGGUGUAUCAAGAGGCGGUCUUUAUCGCCCUUUUAAGCACUUUCUUCGAGAUCGUCGUCCGCGCGCCGGUCAAAAAGUCGAUAGUUUCCCUUCAACUUCUUCGCGUCGAGGUGAUUAGAAGUCUCCGCGACGUCAUUAACGUGAACGAUUUUGUUAUCUCGCGGUGCAAAGAGAAAUACAAAUUGGACAUCAAAGACGGACUUCUGGAGAAAACGGCGAAACGAAGAACCGACACGAAUCGAGUGUCCGAACUCCUCCACUUCCUGCAAGACGUGUUAAGAGAACUUGGCUUCGGAUUUGUCUCGAAAGUCACUGACGGGAAGAACGGGGCCCAAGUCGUCGAAACCGUCUAUGGCAUUUUCGGGAACGGAAUUGAAUUGGAUCAGAAAGACAUCAUUGAAAAGGGGAAGAAAAUUAAUGAUUUCUUAAAUAAACGACUUGGGGGGAUGGCAAAUCUGGUGCUCGAGAAGGAGAACGAGCAACUCAGGAACUUCAUUUGGGGCAAUAAUUGA